ACCUCUUCCCUCCCUCGUAACCCCUCUCUCUCUCCAGACUUUCCCUACCAAAUUAGAAAAUGGCCACUCUACCAUUCACUCUCCUCUUCCUUUUCUCACUCCUCACCAUCCCCAUUUCCUCCUCCCCCACACCCAAACCAUCAGCAGCAGUUCAAGAUCCAGAAUUAGUAGUCCGAGAAGUGCACAGGAGCUUGAACAAUUCUCGCCGGCGGCUGGGCUACCUGUCAUGCGGCACCGGCAACCCGAUCGACGACUGCUGGCGGUGCGACCAGAAUUGGGAGAGCAACCGCCAGCGCCUCGCCGACUGCGCCAUCGGGUUCGGCAAGAACGCCAUCGGCGGCCGUGACGGCAAAAUCUACGUCGUCACCGACAGCGGCGACGACGACCCGGUCAACCCGAAGCCCGGAACCUUGCGGUACGCCGUCAUCCAAGACGAGCCCCUCUGGAUCAUCUUCCAGCGUGACAUGGUGAUCAAGCUCAAGGAGGAGCUGAUCAUGAACUCCUACAAGACCCUCGACGGCCGCGGCGCCAGCGUGCACAUCGCCGGCGGGCCAUGCAUCACCAUCCAGUACGUGGACCACAUCAUCAUCCACGGCGUCCACAUCCACGACUGCAAGCAGGGGGGGAAUGCCUACGUCCGGGACUCGCCCGAGCACUACGGGUGGCGCACGGUGUCGGACGGCGACGGCGUGUCCAUCUUCGGAGGCAGCCACGUAUGGGUCGACCACUGCACGCUGUCGAGCUGCCACGACGGCCUCGUCGACGCGAUCCAUGGCUCGACGGCGAUCACGAUAUCGAACAACUACAUGACUCACCAUGACAAGGUGAUGCUCUUGGGGCAUAGUGAUAGCCUGAUGGUGGACAAGAACAUGCAGGUCACCAUUGCCUUCAACCACUUUGGGGAGGGGCUCAUUCAGAGGAUGCCGAGGUGUCGGCAUGGGUAUUUCCAUGUGGUGAAUAACGACUAUACGCACUGGGAGAUGUACGCCAUUGGAGGGAGCGCGGCCCCCACUAUAAACAGCCAAGGGAAUAGGUUCUUGGCACCAGAUGACCGGUUCGCCAAAGAGGUGACCAAGCGUGAGGAUGCUUCAGAGAGUCAGUGGAAGAACUGGAACUGGAGAUCAGAAGGGGACCUAAUGUUAAAUGGUGCCUUCUUCACACCCUCCGGUGCCGGAGCCUCAUCGAGCUACGCCAAGGCCUCAAGCUUAGGGGCAAGGCCAUCCUCUCUGGUGAGCUCGAUCACAAUGUCGGCCGGCGCACUUGUCUGCAAGAAGGGCUCGCGUUGUUGAACGCCAAAUCAAGGAUUGCUUAAUUGAGUGUUGAUUCAUUGGACUUCCAGAAACAAGAAUUGACAAAGAGAUAUUAGAAGUUGGAGGGUAGGAUCUCAAUGCCAUGUCUACUAUAUAUGUUUCAAAUUGCUGCCUUGGUUUCCGUUUUUCAUUUUUUAACUAUCUUUCAUUUCAUUGUCAGUUCUUAUCCCUUGUAAUACCAACCUCGGCCUGCUGUUCCAAUGACCACCUUGGUUCCAAACAGGAAACCCAGUGGCAUUUAGAGGCAGCCAGUACUGAUGUGUUGAUACUACCAAAUUUGUGUGUGAAGUGAAAAUGCUUAUUGAAAACAA